UUAAGCGGGGGGGGGACCCGGGGCGCCGUCGGAAGUGCGGGGCCUGGCACCUCCCCGUUUCCGUUCCCCCCCCCCAGGCGGCGGCGGCGGAGCUGCGGGCUCGGGGCUGCCGGCAGGAGCCUGGCGAGAUGUUUGCUGUCUGCCCACCCGAUGCCCCAUCGAAUUCCCCGUUCCCGGGGGUCCCCACGCUGGGCGCAGCCUUCCCGGGGGUGGGGGGGGGCUGCGGCCCCGACCCCAACUGCAACUUCUCCGGGGAGGGGUGCGACAGCAACCAGAACUGGAGCCAGCAUGCGCUGGGCAGCGACGGGGCCGGGGGGGGCGAAAACACGCCAAAUCCCUCCGAUAAUCUGCUGUUAUUAACGCGGAGACAGGAGGGGCAGGGCAGGCUUAGGGACACCCCCCCGAGCGCAGCGCGUCCCCCCGAGGAGGGCGAGCGCAGCCCCCCCGAGGGAGCGGAGGUCGUGGGGGCGGUGGGUGGUGAGCCCCCAGGGUCCCCCGUGGAGGACACUGGCUACGCCAGCAGCGCCCUCAGCAUCGACAGCCCCGACGCGCCUGCUGGUGGCUCUUGGGACCCCCCUGGUGCCCCCCCUGUGGCCGAACCCCAUCCUGAACCCCUGUUCCCGGUGCUGGCGGAGGCGGUGCAGCACCUCCAGGACAAGGAGCGCUUCAAGGAGCGGGAGAAGGAGAAGCACCACGUGCAGCUGGUGAUGUACCGGCGCCUGGCCCUGCUGCGCUGGAUCCACGGCCUCCAGCAGAAGGUGGUGGAGCAGCAGAACCGGCUGCAGGAGAGCUUCGACACCAUCCUGGACAACCGCAAGGAGCUGAUCCGCUGCAUGCAGCAGGGCGCCCCGUGCCCCGGCCUCUGAGAGCUGCCCCAAGCUCCCAGCCGGGGUUUGCUCCGGCUCGCCUCCUGCGCCCCGUUUGGAGCCCUUCGUGUGAGCGUUCGGCACCAGGAAUUCUGCUGGCCACAUCCCUGGAGCUCUGCAGCUCCGUGAGGGUUUAUUGCCUGGAUAACGCACCCCAAAGAGGGUGCGCAGUUGAAAGGGGGGGUCUGUGACAGCCCCAGGGCCACCUCGGGUGUUGCGUGGCUCACGCAGCAGAGUUUUAAAGGACAUUUCGUCGCCCACCUCUCCUCUUCCUCACUCGGCACAUGCACCAGCACUCGAGGCUCCUUGCACGGUGUCGCCUCCGUCCCACAUCACGGAUCUGGAGCAGCCCGGUGGUGCUGUGCAAGGUGUCCUGUGCCGUUCCUAGGGCCUCGCCCCAGUGCCCAGCCUAAUGAAGCACGUUUAAAGCCCUGCAGAUACGAUCUGAGCUAAGGCACCAGCUCCAGAGAGACAGAGAGAGGGAGAGAAUCACCCUGAAAAGUGACCUCAGAACGGUUAAAAACAAUUCCAAGUCUCAACGGCUUCAAAUCCUGUAUACUUUUUUUUUUUUUAAAUACAUAUUCAGUAUUAGAGAAGAGAUAAUUCCGAUUUUUUUUACAGCCAGGUUGUAGAUAUGCACAUCCGUGUGCUGUGGGAGCUGCUUCACCGCGGUGCAUGAUCAGGAAGCCGCUCGCAGAGUCGUGCCGUGUGUGUGUGUGUGUGUGUUAAUUUAUCACUUUAAAGCAAACAGUAUUUUUUUUUCUGAGCUGCGUUUCAUCCAGCGAGGACUGCACAGAGACUGUGAGGAACAGCCUCGUUAAACAGAGAUUAAAAAGGAGAUGCUCUGCAUGCCUGCUGUAUUUUCCCAAGAGCUUACAUGCCGUGUUGUGCUCAAUUUGCUGGUGUGGCAGGAGCAGCACCCUGGGGUCCGGAUGCAGUCGGGACUGGGCUGCGCUCCUGCCCUGGCACCGAUUUAAUUUCAAUUUAAUUUCUCAUCUGGAAAGCCCUGUGCUGCCCCUCUUGUCCCCAGCGUGGGGCAGGAGGAGCCCGGCAGUGUCCCCAAAAGCACCCGGCUGCUCCGAAACACCGCCACGCUCGCGCUUGCUCCUGCUCAGCGCCCGCUGCAUGCUUCAUAUCAGCCCACGGGCAUCGCGCACGCCCUAAUAAAAACCUCACAGGUGAAACAGC